GCAGGCCUUAUAUAAAUUAAUUAUUACAAAAAUUUGCUUGAAAGUUCGUAAGAAAGUUUUGAGACUUUGACAUCAUGGGCAAUGACGACGAGGACAAAGUAAAGAAAGACGCAAUUGGGGAAGAGAGAGGACAUUGGGAUAAUCAUGCUGAAUUCUUACUUUCAUGCAUUGGGUAUUGCGUCGGACUUGGAAAUGUUUGGAGAUUUCCGUACCUAGCUUUCGAAAAUGGAGGAGGAGCGUUUCUCAUUCCAUAUGUCAUUAUGUUGGCGCUGUGUGGAAUUCCCUUGUUUUUCUUGGAAAUGUCUCUUGGACAAUUUACUGGACUGGGACCCAUCACUGCAUGGAAGGCUGUUCCUAUUUUCAAAGGUAUCGGAUACGGAAUGGUUCUUGUUUCAUUUUUUGUUAUCAUUUACUACAACGUAAUAGUUGCAUACGCCUUCUAUUAUCUCUUCGCAUCAUUUACAUCGGUUUUACCUUGGACCUUGUGUGAUCAAUGGUGGAAUAAAGAAACAUUCUGCAACACUACGGUCGAGGCCACGACUUCUUCACCAGCUGUAACUCCUACGGCUACAACAUCGCCUGCACUUCGGAAUAGAUCAACUAGCAUUAGUGAAGAAUAUUGGAAAUACCGCGUACUUCGUAUUGAUCAAAGUACUGGCGUUGGAGACCCAGGGCCAGUGUUGUGGGAUUUAUGUCUUUGCCUUCUUCUGUCAUGGAUUGUUGUGUUGCUCUGCUUGAUUAAAGGAAUAAAAUCUUCUGGAAAGGUCGUCUAUUUCACUGCUACUUUCCCGUACCUUAUUCUGGUAAUCUUACUCAUACGAGGCUGUACUCUGGAGGGCGCAUACGACGGGAUUAUUUUUUACGUGAGGCCAACAUGGGAAAGACUACAGGAUCCUAAGGUAUGGAGCACAGCCGCAGUACAAAUAUUCUACUCUCUUGGAAUCGCAUUCGGAAGCCUUCUUGCCUUUUCGUCAUACAAUAAAUUCAACAACAACAUUGUGAGGGACACUCUGAUUGUGUCAAUUGGCAAUUGCGCGACCAGCAUUUUUGCCGGCUUCGUGAUUUUCUCCGUUCUUGGUCAUAUGGCGUUCAAGCAGAGAGUUAUGGUGGAAGACGUGGCAGAUACAGGUCCUGGACUAGCAUUCGUUGCUUAUCCACAAGCAGUUGCUUUGCUUCCUGUACCGCAGCUUUGGUCGAUUUUAUUCUUCUUCAUGCUGUUGACACUCGGAUUGGAUAGUCAAUUUGGAAUGACUGAAGCCGUACUGACGGGAUUUAUCGAUGAAUUUCCAACACUUCUUCGACCUCACAAAGCAAUCUUUACCACCCUAGUCUGUGUUGUCUGUUUCUUGAUUGGAUUAAUUAUGGUUACACCGGGAGGAUUUUACUGGUUCAAUUUGUACAACUGGUAUUCGGCAUGGUAUGGCCUGCUAUUUCUGGCUCUGAUGUUUGUGUUGGCUAUAUAUUGGGGAUAUGGUUUUCUGUUCACGUAUCGUUGGAGGCUGGAUAAAGACAUUGAACUUAUGUUGGGUAGGAAACCAAUGUGGUAUUUCAGAAUCUGCUGGGCUUUUGUUACACCGGUCAUGCUUGUGUUCGUCAUUGUGAUGGCAUGUCUCAGCUAUGGACCGAUAUCGUUGUCUGGAGAGGUAUAUCCAAAAUGGGCGGAUGACCUUGGUAUGUGCAUGUCAGUUACAAUUGCAGCGGUUGUGCCGAUAUAUGCAGUAUAUGCGAUGAUAAAAGCUGUGGUAAAAGGGGAUUCGAUUAAAGAUCUGUUCAAGCCGGACCCAUCGUUCUGUCCAGCUGAUCGAACCAUUGCUUACGAUCAUCUUCAUGGAGCUGUGAAUGAUCACAAGAUGACUGCUUAUGCCGUCAGUCCGUCUUCUUACCAACAAAAAGUGGAUGAUUCAAUUCCAAACGCUUAUCCUGAAUUGUAAAGAGAUACGUUUCUCAUAAUGUCUAGUCCUACUAAUACUGAAACUUACCGCCCCGAAGUCAGCAGUAGAAUAGUUCUAAAAUAUUGCAUUAAAUCAUUUCUUUCUACAUUUUCUAUGAUGUAAAAAAGGUUAUUUGUAAAUGAGAAAUACGCGGCGCGAUAUCGUAACUCCGUUAUCAGGAAAAAUCAGACUAUCGGGAAAUCCCCUAGGAUAAUUAUAUAUACACUAAUAUUAAUAAGCUGUAAUGGGCAGUGAAUAAAUAUAUAAUAUAUGUGCGGUAAGUGUAUUCAGUAUAAUGAAAAAAUAACUAUUUGUUACUAAUCACGACUUUUCCGACGUUCUAUGAAUAUCAAAUUGACAACGGUGAAAUAUACUGAAAACGGUGAUAUAUACUGAAAAUAGAUGUAUAAAAAGUUCAUUUUUACCUUGGAAAUAACGUAUAAGCUUGAUUUUUUAUGAAUGAAGCGAAAACGGGGGUAAAAAUAUUAGUUUUUUUUGUUUGCUGUUGUAUAGUUAUUUUUUCACUAUAUAGUGCAUACAGAUAAUGUAACAUUGUAAUUUUUAUAAAUUCAAAUAUAUGAAUAAAAUACAUAACACCUUG